AUUCCAGGAGAGAUGUGCCCAUGGCGUCGCUACAGCGGGGAUCUGACAAACUUUUCGCUACUUGUGUUACCAACGGACCACCUCUUAUCAUGAGCAACAACCCAUCUUCAGCUAAUGGAAAUGACAGCAAGAAAUCUAAGGGUGACAACAGAAACACAGGGAUCCCUUCCCGUGUAAUCCAUGGUCAAAAACUUCCCAGUGAUGUCACAGAAGCAGAAGUUAUUUCCUUGGGAUUACCUUUCAGCAAGGUCACCAACCUUCUUAUGCUGAAAGGCAAAAGUCAGGCUUUCAUAGAAAUGAACACAGAGGAAGCAGCAAACACUAUGCUAAGUUAUUACGCCACAGUGCCUCCAGUUCUUAGAAGACCGCCCAUCUACAUUCAGUUUUCCAACCACAAGGAACUCAGAACUGAGAACUCUCCAAAUCAAGCACUUGCCCAGGCAGCUCUGCAGGCAGUAAAUUCUGUUCAAUCUGGAAACCUGGCACUUCCUGCCUCUACCUCAUCAAUGGAUGCUGGAAUGGUUAUGGUUGGGCAGAGCCCUGUUUUAAGGAUCAUUGUGGAAAAUCUCUUCUACCCAGUCACACUGGAUGUCCUCCAUCAGAUUUUCUCCAAGUUUGGCACUGUGCUAAAAAUUAUUACAUUCACCAAGAACAAUCAGUUCCAGGCUCUGUUACAGUAUGCUGAUCCUUUGAGUGCCCAGCAUGCCAAAUUGUCUUUGGAUGGGCAGAAUAUCUACAAUGCCUGCUGUACCCUCCGCAUUGAUUUCUCCAAACUCACGAGCCUCAAUGUGAAAUACAACAAUGAUAAAAGUCGAGAUUAUACCCGACCAGAUCUACCCUCUGGAGAUAGUCAACCGUCUAUUGACCAGGCUAUGGCAGCAGCAUUUGGUGCUCCUGGAAUAAUUUCUGCCUCUCCAUAUGCAGGAGCUGGUUUCCCUCCCACUUUUGCAAUUCCUCAAGCUGCAGGCCUGUCAGUUCCAAAUGUUCAUGGAGCACUUGCUCCUCUGGCUCUUCCAUCAGCAGCUGCGGCAGCGGCUGCAGCAGGGCGAAUUGCCGUUCCUGGUCUCUCAGGAGCUGGAAAUUCUGUCCUGCUUGUGAGCAAUUUGAAUCCCGAGAGAGUUACACCCCAGUGCCUCUUUAUUCUUUUCGGAGUGUAUGGAGAUGUACAAAGAGUGAAGAUCUUAUUUAACAAGAAGGAAAAUGCCUUGGUUCAAAUGACAGAUGGAAACCAAUCCCAACUUGCAAUGAGCCAUCUAAAUGGGCAGAAGCUUCAUGGAAAGCCAGUUCGCAUCACCCUGUCCAAGCAUCAGACGGUACAACUUCCCCGAGAAGGCCAGGAGGACCAAGGCUUAACCAAAGAUUAUGGAAAUUCACCACUUCAUCGCUUUAAGAAGCCAGGCUCCAAAAAUUUUCAAAACAUCUUCCCUCCAUCUGCUACCCUACACCUUUCAAACAUCCCACCAUCAAUAACUGAAGACGACCUAAGGUUACUGUUCUCCAGUAACAGUGGAAUGAUUAAAGGAUUUAAAUUCUUCCAGAAGGACCGUAAAAUGGCAUUGAUCCAGAUGGGCUCAGUCGAAGAGGCCAUUCAGUCCCUUAUUGACUUCCACAAUCACGAUCUUGGAGAAAACCACCACCUGCGUGUUUCCUUUUCAAAGUCCACCAUUUAAACGUAGCAAAGAAAAUGAACUGAGUGACAAAACCUCACGGCUGUACACCUGAGGAAAACUUGCAUCAUUCCAGGAAAAAAGUAAAAGCCAGUUUAGAACAGCUGAAGUGACCUUAAAGGGAAUUUUAUUUUUUUAAAGAGAAGUCAAUUUACCGGAUUAAAAAAAAAUCUAAUGCACAUGGCUAUCUGUUAUCAUGAUGAGAUUACAAUUUUAGUAAUUUGUUCUUGGGAACAAAUACUAAAGGAUGUAAGUAACCAGUUUUGGAAACUGCUCUGGCAACUUUAUUCCUGUUCAUUUUUCCCUCCCCUUUCUGCUUUGCUCAUUCCUGAAGCAAAAAAAAAAAGAUAUCCAACUAAGCUAACGUCUCAUCAGGUUUCAUAAUAAUGCCUCAGGAUAUUAAAGCCACUGUGACACUGUCAUGAUUUCGAGUUAGGAUCUAAAAGAUACAAGUGACUCUACCAAGUUCAAGGAAUUUUAAAAUUAGACUCUUAAACAUAAGAAUUUGCUAUUCUGUGCCUUAAUAAUUGUAAGAAUUAUGGUAUUCAUUAAGCAUUGUCAAAAAGUUAGGUAGAUACAAUGCUGUCAGAUCAGACAGAAUACCUGUCCCACAUUGGUCUAAGGAAAAGAAGAAAUAAUCCCCAUUUUAAGAGAGUUGUCUUCAUACCAGUUAUGUUCUAUUUCCAUUUCUGCUUCUUGGCUUUUAACAGUGUUUGUGUCUGGGGGAUAACCUGAUACUUAAUUUAGGAGAUUGUGAGAGAGAGAGAGAGAGAAGCUAUUUCUGAGUUGAACUCGUUUUUCAAAAAGAAACUGAGGGCAAUAGUGGAUAUUGGGCAUUUUGGAAUUAGUGUGUGGAGAACAUCUACAUUAAUAUAUCUGUGCAGUUGUGUUCUUUCAGGUGGGAAUUAGGCAGUAGUUAUUUUUGAAAGCAUCUAACAAAAAAGGAGAGGGAAUUUACUUCCGAAGUUGAGAUGCCUGCAUCUCAUUUUCAUGAUUUGAUUAGACUAAUUAUUCAACACAGUCAUUUUUCAUCUGAAAAUAACCCACAUACCAUAUGAAUCUAUUAAAAUGCAGAGGCAUUGGGGAUUUGGGGACUUCAUUCUACCUGUAAUUUGGCAACUAAGGUCCUCUGCCACUUGUCUGCUGUAUGAUCUCCGUUAAGUCACUUCAUUUGUCCAUGGCUCAGUUUUCUCAUAUGUAAAAUGGGGGUUCAUUUCCUGUUCUUACUUAAAUUGUGAACAGUAUGUGGGUUAGAACUAUGUCUGAUCAGAUUAAUAGUGUUUGACACAUAGUAAAUGCUUAACAAAUACCAUAAUAAUAAUUUGAAGUUUGAGUUUAUUUUAACUUUGAAUUUAUUUUGGAUUUCCUAAUCAAUUUCCUGUCAUCUGUACUGAGCAGUUUUCCAAAUAUUCAUUUUUUUAUGGAUAUGCAAAAUCAAUAGCCUUAAAUAAUUUUUGUAGAAAAACAAAAAGCUCAUAUAAAUGUAGUCCCAACUUACUUCUCAUGGUAUUAGCUUUGUAUGCUGUCUUUUUUCAUUGCUCUGUAAGUGAGAUUAUUGGUAGCCAAAGGCAAGGUUUGAAUAGUUCAGGAAAACAUUUAAAUACUAAGUAGUCAAAAAAUCUGACUGUUAAAGAGUUGGAUUUUGGUUCUGUUUUGAACUUUCAAUUAUCGAACCCAAGUUUCAGAAAAUAACAGUACACUUGUGAGACUUUGAACUAACAAAUAGACUAGAGCACUGUUCCUUGAACUUAUUUCUCUGCUUCUACACUCUUUCGACUUUGCGUAAUCAAUAUUGGCUUAUGCUUCUAUUUAAAUCUAUAUUCUGUUUAGAUUCACAUAAGGUCUUUUUCAGGUUUUUUUAUAAAUUGUUGACCAAAGUUUCUACCAUUUUUCAAAAUAUCUCCAGUUUCAGUGUGGGAAUUCCCCAAGCAAAGUAAGAACACUUGGCAGAACUGAGUAAUUGAAAUCCUUUCUUUCAAGAAUUAAAGAUAUUCUCCUCAUUGAACUUCUAUGGAUGUAGAAACUAUUUGCAGUAUAAAAUACCUGAGUUCUUAUUAGGUUACUGAGUUUUUACUUCCAUUGCAGUCACAUAAAAGCUUUAGCAGUUAAAUAAUGUGGCAAUUGAAAAUAAGUUAGCAGUUGAAUAAGAGGAGUUGAUUAAACUUUUGGAAUUUAGAUGUAAAUAAUACCUGUCUGACAAGUGACUGAUUCUUAUAAUCUUAUUUAUCUAGUUUUUCUUUAUUGGUACAGAACAUAAGGAGUGGGGAUUCCAGUCACUUUUGCGUCCUAACUUUUUCAUUUUUACCCUUACAUUCAUUCCCUUUGUGAUCAAAGUACAGUUGAAUGGACUGCUUCCAUCAACGGCAUCCAAAAUAAAAUACUGGGAGAGGUGUGUUGGUUAACCCAGUUGGCCCUUUCAUUUGAAUUCAAACAACAAGCAAACAUGCUGCAAGCAAAAAAAAUGCCAGGACCAACAUAAUUAUAACUCUGCCUGUCCUUUAGACUCUUAUGUAGGCAUUUAAUGAAUGUGAGUAACCAAGGGUUUAAUUAUAAUAUUUUAUACUUCCUAAACGAAGGGAAACUAGAAGUUUUUUUAAUGGAGAACAAAAAUAUAUUUUAUUACUGCUAUUAGAGUUUCAGUACAAAAUGGGAUGCAAGGCCAAUACAGACACAUUCCAUUAUCUGUUUCAAAUAAUUUGUAUGGUAAAGUGAAUUAAAAGUAAAUCUAUUUUAUAACAAACUUAGUGUCCUUCUGCUAGAAUUCUUAAUGAUAUGCCGAGUGUAGAAAUCAGUUAUCUGUAUUUGUAUCUUAAAUAAAUUUCAUCUGUAUUCUU